AUGCCAGUCAUCACCGAAGAGGACAAAGACAAAUCUCAAGACAAAUCAAAAAGCAUUGUGAUUGAUUGCAAAGAUCAAGAUGAUGAUGACAUACCAGCCAAAGACAAAGACAGGACUGAUCAUGAUUCAGAGGCCAAGGAUUUCACAGUCUGUGAUCCAGACUACGAUGAAGAUGUGGAGGAUCAAAUCGACAAUCAAGAUCCCCUUAACCCUACGGAAACCUCUAGUCUUGAUGAUUUCAAGAACAACACCUUCAGGAAGCACGCGAAGGAGCUCAAUGAAUUGAUUAGUAAGGCUAAUUUUGAUUCACGACGCGUUGCUCAAUCUGCAGCGUGGAGAAGACAUUUUGCCAGAAAGGCAAAAAGUCUCAACCUGAAACUUUUACCUCUUAUACCGGGAUACAACACAACUCGUUGGAAUGCAGAAUUUGAUUCUCUUAAUUGGUUGGUGCAGGCAUGCAAGAUUGUAGCUGAUAUUGUUCUGCCCUUUACCAGUCCGUUUGAUAGCUAUCUAGGUGCACCUUUCUCUGUGCGGUCUGAUCGACCAUUGGCAAUCCUUUCAAGUCAUUUCAACCUGGAUGUAUGA